GGCGGUAAAGCGCGGUAACAUCCUCUAUAUGUGCACAUGACGUGAACGCGCAGAACCGGGAGGGAAAUCACCGUGUGACAGCAGGAAAAGCAGAGGAAAUGUCUUGGUGGCCGCGCGGUGAAGAUGGAGAUGAAGCCAUGCACCAAGACACAGAUUCUGACGUGGCUGAUCCAAGGGAUGGUUGGAAGGUAAAGGUGAAAUGGACCCAGGACGAGGAUGACAAGCUGAAAGUUCUGGUUCAGAAACUGGGAUCAAGUGACUGGAAACAGAUUGCUAACUUCAUCCCAAAUCACACUGAGCAGCAGUGUCAGCACCGCUGGUACAAGGUCUUAGAUCCAGCGCUGGUCAAAGGUCCUUGGACCAAAGAGGAGGAUGAAAAGGUAAUCGAGCUUGUGAAUCUCUAUGGCAACAAACAGUGGGCAAUGGUAGCCAAGCACCUCAAGGGCAGACUGGGGAAGCAAUGCAGAGAGCGCUGGCACAACCACCUCAAUCCCAGCGUGAAGAAGUCCUCGUGGACAGCUGAGGAGGACCUCAUCAUCUACAAGGCUCAUUGUCUGCUUGGGAACCGCUGGGCUGAGAUCGCAAAGCUGCUCCCUGGAAGGACGGACAAUGCUGUGAAGAAUCACUGGAACUCAACCAUUAAACGCAAGCUGGAGAUGGGCUUUUAUGCCCGGGAGGUUUUCCAGCCACAUGAAAUUGAAGAGCUGCUGGCACGUGUUGCUAAAGAUGUUCAGGUGGAUAAAGAAGGUUUGGGCAAAGAAACGGAGCUGAAGCCUCAUCUUUUACUGCAGGAAACUUCAGCUGCUGACGAGUCUCCCAAUGAGGCAGAGCCAAGCAAGGAUGUCCCCUCACCGAAGAACACUUUAAGUCCCAAGAUGGAGGUGGAUGCUGUGGGGGAGAUGAGCAGCACCAACUGGGUGGUGGACAGCUCUGGUUUUCUCUCUCCUGCAGGCCCUGUUUUGAGGGAAGUGCUGGACAUGGUGGACGGGGAUUUGGAAGGCUUGUGCAACCUGACUUCGUUUGGCCUGCCUGAGGACAGUCCCAGCCCAGAGCGCCAUCAGUUUCGUCUGGAGGGCAGUGCCCUGCAGGAGCUGAGCAAAGGCAGUAAGGGGGAACUCAUCCCCAUAUCCCCCGGAGGCAUCACUCCGCCCUCUAUACUGUCCCACCGCAGACGGAGGUACAUUACCAUGUCGCCAGAUGCCAAUCACUCCAUGACUCCCAAGAGCACGCCGGUUAAAAUCCUGCCUUUUUCUCCAUCUCAAUUUCUGAACAUGUGGACUAAACAGGAUACUCACGACCUGGAGAACCCCUCCCUCACAUCCACCCCAGUUUGCAGUCAGAAAGUCAUUGUUACUACGCCACUGCAGCGAGACAAGACCCCGCUCAACCAGAACGAAAAAUCAGUAUUUGUUACUCCUAACCACAAGUCUGAGCUCUGCAUGACUCCACGAACUCCAACACCGUUCAAAAACGCCAUGGAGAAGUACGGCCCUCUGCAGCCUCUGCCUCUGACUCCAAACCUCGAGGAUGACAUAAAUGAGGUUAUCCUGAAAGACUCGGGAAUUGAUUUGGUUUUUGUUCGUUCAACUCCACCUGAGCAAAGGCGCAAAACAUUGCAUCGCCAGCCUAUGAAGAAAGUGCGGAAGUCGUUGGCCCUAGAUGUCAUGGAUUGUCAAGCAAAGCCUAAAUCCAAACGCAAAUCCAGCAAGACUGAACUCAAAUGCACCAUAAAGGAGGAGCCUGGGACAGUUUCUUGUCACUCGUCGUUCCCCAGUAAGAGGCACGAAAACAUUUUGAACCAAGGAUUCCUGUUGGACCCCAGUGACAGUGCCAUAUUUCCCAGCACCUUGCCCCCAGUUCCUUUACAGCUUCGGGCCACGGUCAUGGAGCGGCAGGUGGAACUGCGGGUGUGUCGGCCCCAUCCUCGUUGCGCUCUGGAGAGACAGUCGAGUCUGCUCUGA